AUGAGCAGGCCAUGGCGCUCCCUCGACCGGUGUGGGCCUGUUUGGACCAACGACAGAGCGUUUUUUGUGCAGCUAGACACCGGGGAGUGCUUGGCGUGGGGAAGCUCAGAGUGUGGCGGUGAUCUGCCAGAUGAGCAUAAAGCCAAGCUUAAGGGAAUCAAGUCAGCCUGGAGCACGGAACACGCUUUCCUUGCGCAGUUGGACAGUGGGGAGUGCCUGGCCUGGGGUCGCCCAAGGCAUGGCGGCGAACUCCCAGAGCUGAAGAAGGGCGUAAGGUCUGUUUGGGCCACGGGUUUUGCGUUCCUGGCACAGCUGGACACCGGCGAAUGUCUGGCGUGGGGUUACCAAAGAUUUGGCGGUGAGCUCUCAGAUGAGCACAAAGCCAAGUUGGAGAAGGGCAUCAAGUCCGUUUGGAGCAGUCGCUAUGCCUUCCUGGUGCAACUGACAACGGGUGAGUGUGUAUCCUGGGGUCUGAGCGUUGGAUUUGGAGGACGCGAGCAGCAAGCCCAGCUGGAGAAGGGCAUCAAGUGCGUCUGGACCACGAACCAAGCUUUCCUGACACAGCUGGACACUGGGGAGUGCCUGGCGUGGGGUGACAAAGAUCACGGUGGAAAAAUCCCAGAUUCGUUCAAAGCCAAGCUGGAGCAGGGCAUCAAGUCCGUCUGGACCACGGAAGGAGCAUUUUUGGUACAACUGGACACCGGGGAAUGUCUGCUGUGGGGUGGCUCAGAGUACGGCGGCGAUGCGCCAGAUGUGCACAUAACCAAGCUUGAAAAGGGCGUCAAGGCCGUCUGGAGCUCUGGCUAUGCCUUCCUGGCGCAGCUGGACACCGGGGAAUGUCUGGCAUGGGGUCAUCCAAAGAAUGGCGGCGAGCUUUCAGAUGAGCACAAAGCCAAGCUGGAGAAGGGCAUCCAGUCGGUCUGGAACACGAGAUCUGCCUUCCUGGUGCAACUGAAAACGGGUGAGUGUCUAGCCUGGGGUGUGACUGCUGGAUUCGGGGAACACGUUCAGCGAGCCCUGCUGGAGAAGGGCGUCAAGGCCGUUUGGAGGACGGCAGGAGCUUUCCUGGCACAGCUGGGCACCGGGGAGUGCUUGGCAUUUGGUUCUGACGACUCCGGUGGCUCUCUCCCGGAGGAGCAGAGGGCUCUGCUGGCGAAGCUCGGGCUCCGAGGCACCAAGAGCUCCGGAGCUUCGCCGGCGGCCUCCGGCUCUCCGCGGGCUGCGGUGAAGUCGUUGCGGGACUUCGACCUGUCGCCGGCAGCGGUGCGCCUCCAGGAGGAGCUCUCCGUGAUCUCCAGCUCGCUCCACCGGGCCUCCGUGAAGCUGAGCGAAGCCGAGGCCCGAGAUGGGGGCUACUUUUGCUUCAAUACCAGGGCUUUCAAGAGGCAGCGGAGAGGGGAGAGGGGAGUGCCAGCCAUAGUCAAGACCGCUCGACUAGCCGAGCCCGAGAUGGGAAAGAUCAAAGAUCUGCUGCUUUGGAUCAAGAAGGACGGCCUUUUUAGGCACUUGCAUGGACUCUUGGAGCCUCUGAUCCACCAAGAGCUGAAGCCGGAGAACGUCUUGAUCUUCGAGUCGGGCUCCGGGCUCCUGGCGAAGGUCACGGACGUGGGCUUCAACAAGGCCAUCUUUGGACACGGGCCGCUGGCCUACAAAGCGCCCGAACUCUUCGAUGGGAAGCCUUGCAGUAUGGCUUCGGACGUCUAUGCUUUUGCCAUCCUCGGCUGGGAGCUCCUCUGUGCACAGGAAGCCUGGGCAGGGUACACAGAUUUGUGCAAGCUCAAAGCCAUCUGCGUGGAGAACAAGCGGCCUAGCAUGGAUGAGGAGGCUUCGAAGUCGCGCUUGGGCAAGCUCAUUCAGGAGGCUUGGGCGCAAGACCCCGCUGACCGACCCUCCUUCGAAACGAUCCGCGAGAAGCUCUCACAGCCGAGCAUCCCCAAGCAGUUGUCCAAGGAAGUGCCGAGCUAUUGGUCGGGACAAGACUUGGACCAAGGCUGGGUUGCUGUCCCUGUGGCUGAAGAGACGUUUCAGAAGCUCUCAGCCCUUUUCGUCGUCACGCAGCCACGGGAGCUCGGGACCGGUCGCGAUGCAGCAUCCUAUUCUCGGGCUUACAGCAACUUGAAGUUGUGGUGUGCGUGGCGCAUUGAGCACCAAAGUCUUUGGGACAAGUAUGUCGCGGAGAGGAACGACGUCGUCCGGCACCUGCGCCAGCUGGAACGGAGCUCCAUCGAAACUCCCCAGUGGAGGAGCAAGCUGGAGGACGCCACGGUGGGAAUGCCAGACGAGCUCUGUGCCCCCAUUGGCGAGAGAUACCUGCUCCACGGCACGAAGCCAGAGGUGCUUCUGGACAUUCUACAUCAGGGCUUCAAUGACAAGCUCGCGAGUCUGAGAGGAAUGUUUGGCGCCGGAGCCUACUUUGCCGAAGAUCCGGAGAAGAUCGACCAAUAUACGCGGGAAGAUCCGGGCCACGAGACCCCUGGCCUGGAGACCUUGCACUCGCGGCUUUACCGCGCAGGUGGCCACCAGCAUCCAGGAGAUCACAUCUUCUACUGCUUCGUGGUUCGGGUGACGUGUGGCGCGUGCUUCCUGAGCCGAGGCUUCAAAGAUUCGCUCCGCGACCACGACAGCGACUUCCAAGUCUUCGUCAACGAAGACCGCCGGGAGCUUUCGGCUGUGCCCGGAUCAGACCCUCGAAUUCCCUACCACACCUUGGUGGUGCAAACGGGGAAGGAGGCCAAGAAGAGAAUCGAGCGCUUUCGAGAAGUCAUCUCCUUCAGUGCCAACCGCGCCUAUCCGGAGUACCUGCUGGCAUACCAAAGGGUAUAG